UUUAUAUGAAGUGCAUGUAUGUAUGGACGUUUCUUCUUUCUUUUUCUUCUUCUUCUUCUUCUUCCUUUCUGACAAACUGUGCAUGGAAUUAAUUGUUUAGAUCAAGAUGCUGGAGUCGGUUAAUCUGGUGAAGAACCGUAGGAAGAGCAAGUUCUUGGGUUGUUUCACCGCCGGCGAUGAAGACGGUGCACCGGCGGCGAAGCUGUUCAACGGCCAUGGCAGAAGGAAGACACGCAAGAAAUUGAAGCUUCACAAGUUACUCGUCAACGCUGUUUUCUGCAAGGCAUCAUUUGUGAAGAAAUUUCGACACAAAAAGAACAGUUGGGGAUUAUUACAAUGUCGAUCAAAUUCGUCGACGAGAAUAAAAAAUCAUACAAAUCUUUCGACAAAAACCCAAAUCGAGAAAACUUUACUGCACGACGGACUCUCCUGUAACUCCUCAUCAAAUCGUUAUUCGCUGUUUUCUUCAUCGAAAUCUUCCUUUUGUUCUUCUUUGUCGUCGUCGUCGAAUUCUUCGUCGUCAUUUUCGAAUCCGACAGCGGUCGAUCGGAGGGCGAACAAUCCGGGAACGAAGUCGGCGUGCAGACACAACCCUGGAAUAUGUAUUGUAAUAAUUUGUUUAGCGGCGGUGGUUUUGUGGGGGAAGGCUUGCGCCAUAGUGGUUUGCACAUCGGCGUGUCUAUUGACGGCGGCGGAGCCGGCGCGGACGGCGGCGAUUUGGAGUAAUGUGGCGGCGGAGUCUCGAGAGUACAAGAAAAGAGUGAUCAUGGAAGGUCUCUUGCAGAGGUAGCCAUGUCGUCGUUAAAUUCUUACAAUGUAUUCUUCUUCUUCUUUUUUUUUUUUUUUUUUUUUUUU